GGGGGUUGAGGGGGACAAAAACCACUAACUGUAUCAGACACGACAUAGGUUGAAGAAUUAAUUGAAUAAAAUGUGAAAAACAGUUUCAGUUGUAUGUAAGGGUGAUGAGUGUGUGAGAGAUGAAGGCGGUCGGAAAGCAGCACGGUUUAUAAACGCCAUGUAGGCUGAAGGCCAGCAGUUCAUCAGCACAAUAUGGACCAUAACUGUGCGCCACUGCGCAUGGGCGAAACACACACACACAGAGUCGAGCCAGCCGUGUAUUAUGCCGCUUCGAUGCAAUAAAAAGCUGCCGGAAAACCUGCAAGGAAACGCUACCGGAGCUGCUUGGAGUGAAAGUUUCUCAAUAUCUUCCAGCAGAGUGCUGACGCUCAGGUCCUGAGAUGGGAUGUGUGUGUCGAGGAGGGAGUAAGGAGAAGAAAGAGGAAUUCUGUAAUCACUAGAGAAAUACAUCCAGACCCAACCUCAAUCAAGUCACAUUCUCCUCUCUGCUGUCUACAAUGUCGGCGGUCACAUCUCCCACCCAGGCGGCUGCUCCUAUAGUCAACCCCCCUCCACCUGAAGUGACGAACCCCAGCAAGCCUGGCCGAAAAACCAACCAACUCCAGUACAUGCAGAACGUUGUGGUGAAGACGUUGUGGAGGCAUCAGUUUGCGUGGCCUUUUUACACACCUGUGGAUGCCAUCAAAUUAAAUCUUCCAGACUAUCAUAAAGUCAUCAAGAACCCAAUGGACAUGGGGACGAUCAAGAAGAGGCUCGAGAAUAAUUACUACUGGACAGCUGGUGAAUGCAUGCAGGAUUUCAACACUAUGUUCACAAACUGUUAUAUAUAUAACAAGCCUACAGAUGAUAUUGUUCUCAUGGCUCAAGCCUUGGAAAAAAUUUUCCUCCAGAAGGUAGCACAGAUGCCACAGGAGGAGGUAGAACUGCUGCCACCACCUCCAAAAGGCAAGGCACGCAAGCCUGGUGCUGCCCCUGCAGCAGAAACUCCGCAAGCUUCAGCACUGUCCUCGACCUCCCCAUCCUCGUCGUGUCCAAGCUCUCCUCCACAGCCGCCUCAGACUCCUGUAAUUGCAGCGACGCCUGUACCAACCAUUACGUCCAACGUCCAGGCCGUUCCAACGGCUGCACCCAUGAUCCCGAGCGCACAGCCUGUCGUCAAAAAGAAGGGGGUAAAGCGGAAAGCAGACACUACCACGCCCACUACCUGUGCCAUCACGGCCAGCAGAGGCGAGUCUCCCACUCCUUUGCUGGAUUCCAAACACAGCAAAGUGAUCUCCAGGCGCGAGAGCACCGGCCGACCCAUCAAACCUCCAAAGAAGGACCUGGACGAUGGCGAGCUUCUGCAGCAGGGGAGCAAGAAGAGCAAACUGAGCGACCACCUCAAAUACUGUGACACCAUCCUAAAAGAGAUGCUGUCCAAGAAACAUGCUGCCUAUGCCUGGCCCUUCUAUAAACCCGUGGAUGCAGAAGCGCUGGAGUUGCAUGACUACCAUGAAAUCAUCAAGCAGCCGAUGGACCUCAGUACAGUCAAAAAAAAAAUGGACAGCAGAGAGUACCAGGACGCCCAGAGCUUUGCAGCAGAUGUCCGGUUAAUGUUCUCAAAUUGCUAUAAAUAUAAUCCACCUGAUCAUGAGGUUGUUGCCAUGGCAAGGAAACUUCAGGAUGUGUUCGAGAUGCGUUUCGCUAAGAUGCCAGAUGAGCCGGCUGAGCCCUCGUCUCCUGGAGGCACGUCUGCCAUGGCAGUAGUAAGUAAGAGCACAGGGAGCAGUGAGAGCAGUGCUGAUUCCUCCAGCUCCAGCUCUGACUCGGAGGAGGAACGAGCCACCCGUCUGGCAGAGCUGCAGGAACAGCUAAAGGCUGUUCAUGAACAGCUGGCCGCUCUGUCACAGGGCCCUGUCAGCAAACCAAAGAAGAAGAAAGAAAAGAAGGAAAAGGAGAAGAAGAAGAAAGACAAAGAGAAGGAUAAAGAUAAAACCAAGGCUAAGGUGGAGGAAGAGAAGAAGACAAAGUCCUUGCAACAGAACAAGCCGAAUCAGCCGAAAAAGAGUUCAGCCAGGAAACCCAACAGCACAUCUACUACCAGUAUCAAACUCUUCCACAGGCAACUGAAAAAAGGCGCCAAACCCAGCGGGGCAAAUUAUGAGUCAGACGAGGAGGAAGCACUUCCAAUGUCGUACGAUGAAAAGAGGCAGCUUAGCUUGGACAUCAACCGGCUGCCCGGUGAGAAGCUGGGCCGUGUGGUGCACAUUAUCCAGUCCCGCGAGCCAUCACUGCGUGACUCCAACCCAGAUGAGAUUGAGAUAGACUUUGAGACGCUCAAGCCAUCGACACUGCGUGAGCUUGAGCGCUAUGUCAAGUCCUGUUUACAGAAGAAGCAGCGCAAACCUUUACCGGGCACUGGGAAAAAGAGUGCCAAGACUAAAGAGGAACUGGUUCAGGAAAAGAAGAAAGAGUUAGAAAAGAGGCUGCAGGACGUGAGUGGACAACUGAACAACAACAACAAGAAACCACCCAAAAAAGCAGAGAAGGCAGGCUCAGCGCCAGGGGGCGGGCCAUCUCGACUGAGUGGCAGUAGCAGUUCUUCCGACACAGGCAGCAGCAGCUCCAGCGGCUCCAGCUCCGAGAGCAGCGACUCAGACUGAGCUCUCGACAUGUACACUUCAACCUCCUCCAUUUUUCUAAUGAAUAGUGUUUACUGUCCUGAUAGUGUCUCACCUGCAGACCUGUUACAUACGGAGUUAGAAGCUAAAGACAGAAGCUAUUUUAAAAUAACCUGUUUUAGAAGGCCCUUGGCACUGAUAAAAACGUGCGGAUAAAGAUAGCUGACAGUGGAACAGUCAUGGCCCUCAAAGGGAAACAUCUGGGCAUCACCAGAAAAGAUAUUUUUAUGGUCUUGGAGACAUUGAGUUUUGUUUCCCCCAAGUUCUUGCUCAGAAGAUCCUAAUGACAAGUGCGUAUUUAGUGGACUGACAAAUGCCUGGCUGUGUUUCAGUAAAUUAGUAGCUUCAUCAAGUAUGAAGGAGCAAGCAGCUAACUUUCUCUCUUUCUGCUAUGCUGGUCAUGUAAAAGCAUGACGUUUCAGCUCAUUCCAUGUCUCUUUUACAGGUAAUGGUAAUUAUUGUUACCAUUUUAAAAAAAGAACUUAUUUAUUUUUCAUCUGGUAUGUUUCAUCUCCUGGUUUGCCAGGAGUUACAGAGAUAUCAAGAAAUCAGUGGAACUUAAAAAAAAAAAAUUGAUGCAUCUUGACUAAGUGGAGUGAACAGGUGACGCUCUGGGCUGUACCAUGGCUGGCUGUUCUCUCCCCACUUUCUCUCCUAAAUUUCAGAGCUGUACUUUGAGAGGCGUUUGUGUAGUCUGCAGUAGUUUCAGCGCUGUAAUUUCCUUCUCUCGAGGUGCGCGUCUCUCAUUCAGUAUUUGAUGUAUAAUUUUUGUCUUUUUUGUUUUAACUGCAUUAUACAUUCUCAGUCAUGGGUUUUUAUACAUUAUUUGAACAUAAGCAGCCCUCUCCCCCCCCAAACUAAUAAUGAUAUACCCAAUGUUUUCCCUACAGCUUCUGGAAUCAAUCAUAUUAACCACCAUUGUUUUUGACUGACCAGUAAUUCACAAAAGCGUGUUAUUUAUUAUAGAAGCAUAAUUGGCUGUCUGAGUCAGAGACAGCUCCCAGUGAAGAGCCCAUAGUAACCAUUUUGAUGUGUACUGUUCCUCUUUGGCAAACUCUCUAAUCCAGGAUGCUUUGCUCUCGUGGAAUACUAGUAGUUUGGGUCUUCAUGGUUGUCUCUGAACUCAAGAGGACACUUGUCUCAUUUGCCUGUAAAGACAGACAGCAGUACUCCUGUUUUAACUUCAGCAGGUUAUGUUUAGUCAUUUCCAAAGUAUUACACUAAUGAAUUUUCUCUAUUUUAUGAAUAGCUUUUUUUUUUAAAUGACCAUCUCUUUUGGAAUACUGUAUUAAAUGCUUUGAGUGGUACUUCAGUGCUGAAUGGAAGUUGUUGCUAUAUUUUCUUGUCACAUCUUUGAACUGAUGACUGCUGAACCCAUACAUGACCAAGCAACUACUUUUUUUUUUUUCUUUAAAUAACCUAGAUCAAGAAUACAUCAAACCCUACCUUGUGUCCUCAAAACAAUGGAUGUUCUCUCAUUGCCUUAAGUCUAAUGCUCUAAAUCACAGAGGAAUCGAGUUGAAACUAUUAAGCCGGGAUCGAUCCAUGGUUUGAUUUUCCUUUCACAGCUCAGAUGAUAUCGAAACACUUGUAUCAAGACAUGGGAAGUGAAUCUUAGGGGUUUUUUUUCCCCCCUCAGUAGUGUUCUGAGUGUUACUUUUUUCCCAUAUUCCUUCCACAAAAAACAAAAGAACAUAAAAAGGUUUUUAAAAGAUGUCAACAACCAUAAAAAGCUUAAAUAUAAAUGUUAUAUGAUGUACAUGUAUAUUCACCUAUUAGUUGAUGCUUUGGGUAUAAAUAGGUUGUUUUAGGUUUUUUUUUUAUGAGUGAAAACCUUUUGUGUAUUGCAUGUUGAUUUAUAGAAUAUUUCUUAAUCUUUUUUUAAAUUGUUUAUAACAUGUACAAGCCACUCUUUGAAGUAAAACCAUCAAUAUUAGUUGAGCUGAAUAUUAAGUGCUGCCAGCUGAAGCAGGUUUAGAGCUGCUGUGAAAUAGACUGAUGCAGAAACUAAACUAGUUCCUAAAUUGGACUGUGGGCCCCUUGGUUUUUAUUUUAUUUUAUUUGUAAAUAAAUCAAGGAAAAAAAAUCACAA